GUUUUUAGCUCAAGCGCUUACACUGAAUUUUCGAGCACGAUGCACAGAGAAGGCGGUAGAUCUUACAAAGCUAUCCAACCUCCUAUUGGUGUUGUUUAUAAUUUCUUGCAGAAGAAAGCACGUGUGAGGGUAUGGCUGUAUGAACAGUGUAACUUACGAAUUGAAGGAGUGAUAAUUGGUUUUGACGAGUACAUGAACCUAGUGUUGGCUGACGCUUGUGAAAGGCACAUGAAGUCAGGAGCUAAAAAACCUUUGGGAAGGAUCCUUUUAAAAGGAGAGACGAUAACGCUCGUCCAGGUUGCGAAUUAACGGAGUUAUUUCAGAUUCUGAUAAAUCACUGUUAAUAUUUCCCACUUUUGUUAGACUUGUUUCUUUAACGUGUUAUUCGUAAUAAUUCAACUCUGCAGUGAUAUCAUAUAAAAGAGGAUAUAGCGAAGGUUAUCGUUGCAUUCAUAUUCGACCUAUUUAGAUGUCUAAAACUGUAUCAUUUCCUGUCCACUUUGUUAGCAAUAACUUAUCAUAUUAAUGACUUCUAAAUCAUUCACAGAUCACAUUUAAGUAAAAUUGUUUUGCUUUAUCAAAC